AUGCUGUUCAUUUGGUGGGGCGGGGCCAAACCGGCCCCUGGGUAGAGGGCAGGGCCGAGGCAGCAUGGGCAGUGGCCUCUAGUGAACAGUCCUACCAUGGGAAACAGCAUUUCCCACAAGAGGACCAAAGCACCCAGUCAGGCCAGCAAGGACAGGCCGCCUGGCAUGGAGAAGGCCCGUCACAAGCAGUUCUUCAGCCACCUCAAGCGGAAGAAGCCAAGUCCCACAGCUUCACAACACGUCACUUUCCCCUUUUUUCAAUGGCGAGAGGCCCCUGACUCCGCCCGGGUGGGUGAGAACACCCGCAUCAAGGCUGGGAAAGCUCUGCCCCGCAAGACCGUUACACAGCUCAAGAAACGCUGCUGCUAUGUGUCCCUGGAUUUUCAGGGUGAUAUCUGUGACCCUGCCCGCCACCAGAGGGCCUGUUUUUGCCUGGGCAAUGGCUGUUACGUGCACCUCGGCAGCGAGCGCUUCCGCUGCCCUGAACCCCUCUUCCAGCCAAGUCUCCUAGGCCACCCGGAGCCAGGACUGCCCACGCUGGCCUUCCAGGCACUGCAGAAGAUACCCACAACGCUGCGGACACGGCUGGCCAGUACGGUGGUGCUGGCUGGUGGCUCCACCCUUUUCCCCGGCUUUGUGGAGCGCAUGAAUCUGGAGCUAAAGGAACAGUGCCGGAGGCACGGGUACCACGCCUUGCAGCCCUGCCUGGUGGCUCAGCCUGGGCGGGGCACAGCUGUAUGGACUGGAGGUUCCAUGAUGGCCUCCUUGCACUCCUUUCGGUGCCGCUGGAUGACUCGAGCCAUGUACGAGGAGUGUGGCCCUUUUCUGGUGCGAGAAGUGUUCGACUGAGUUUUCUACUGAAAUAGAAUGGAUGGUGCCACCAGGGGUACUGCAGGAACAGAGGCAGCAGUGCUGUCCUAACAUGGAGAAUCGGAUAAACAGAUUGAAGUGUUUGCA